CUUACAGUAUGGGCAGUGUGAGAAUCAGAGAAAUAGUAUGUUUGCCUGGUAACCGCUAAGCUAGGUUCCAAUUAACUGAGCCUCAAAUCAUUUCAAAAUGAACACAUAGAAACAACAAAUGAUGUAACUUUUGGCAGUAAAAGUAGUGAAAUUCAGAGUCUAACAAAAGCAUUCGUUAUGCACUGUUGGGAUUUAUUUUGUUACUGAUUGUAGAUGGGAAAUACGCUUCAAGUGAUUUUAUUUUUGGCUUAAGUAUUUUGCACACAUUGUUUCACCACACUUCCUGGUGAAUAUGCUUAUACUGUAUUCAUAUACUGUGCUUAAGGAAAACAAGCCUUUUGUUUGCAUCUUCCUGCUGCUCCCAUCCCUUAAAUAAAUUUUAAACUGACCAAUUGUAAGGGAUAAGAAAUGUGUAGCUGAAUAUGAAAUUACUUUUCCAUUAAUAAACACCUUUAAUUAUGCAGACCUUCUGAGGCAACCUAACAGUUUUUAACAAUUAAAUGUGAGCAUUGUAUCCCGGGUCCCAACACCAUCCCCAGGGUUAGCGAUUUGCUAGGACUCACAGCUGAUGCAUUACAGCAGGUGGAGACCAAGUGCUUCAUUGCUGCAGCAUCUAGUUGUGACAACAUGUGUGAAAUGCUGCCAACCAGGGAAGCUCAUUAGACACUCAGUGCCCAGGGUUUUUAUUGGGGGCUCAUCAUGUAGGACCUUCUGGCUGGCAUGUAUCAAAAUUCCAGACACCCAGAAGGAAUGCGGGUGUUCGGUAUAACCUGCAUUGUUUGUCCAAACAGCUUAGACACAGUGAGUCCCUCUUUUCAGUUAAUGGUGGUGGGAACACAUCUGAAAUCUGAGUUCCCAGACCUGACAUCCACCACAUGCUGACCUUUCAAAGGAUAGCAGGUGUCUCUUUUCUGCACAAGCAAUGCUGUCUUCUGAAUCUGUUUUCGUAUCUCUUGUAUUUCUACAUCACUUCUGGGCUCCAAGUACUAGCAGUACUUUGUCUCACUGAAGCUUUGAUUCUUCAGUUGAGAAAGCACACUGUUUAACUUAAAAGGAAUAAGAAACAUUUUCAGAAAAUGUGUCUCAUUGAUGAUAUAUCUAAGACAUCAAAGUUUUUUUCCCCAAAGUUUAAGAAAAAAGCUUAAGCCCUUACCCCUUCAAUGCAAGCUUUUAGUAUCAAUUUGUAUUAGUUUUAUACUAUGGUCCUGUGUUUCCUGCCCAAAGUACUGGACCUUUUGAAGGAACUGAGCUAUUUGUGGGUACAAUAUUUAGAAGCUAAAAUGAGGCCACUAGAGAGUUUUAAACAGUAGCGCCCCCUUAUCCACGGCUGACAACGUCCCAGGACACCCAGUGGAUGCCUGAAAUCGUGGAUGGUUUGCGUUUCCUCACUGCCUUGUCUUGAAGACAACGAUGCCAAAGAAAGUGAAGCCUGCAGGGGAUGGGAAGGAAGAGGGGCCUGUUCCCUGUAAGCAGGUGAAGCUGGAGGCAGCUGGUGGUCCUUCCCCUUUGAACCUUGACAGUCCCAGUGGCCUCUUUGAAAGUUUAAUCUCGCCCGUCAAGACAGAGACUUUUUUCAAGGAAUUCUGGGAGCAGAAGCCCCUUCUUAUCCAGAGAGAUGACCCUGUGCUGGCCACAUAUUACCAGUCCCUGUUCAGGCUCUCAGAUCUGAAGAGUCUGUGCAGCCGGGGUAUGUACUAUGGAAGAGACGUAAAUGUCUGCCGGUGUGUCAAUGGGAAGAAGAAGGUUUUAAAUAAAGAUGGCAAAGUGCACUUUCUUCAGCUGAGAAAAGAUUUUGAUCAGAAAAGGGCAACAAUUCAGUUUCACCAACCUCAGAGAUUUAAGGAUGAGCUUUGGAGGAUCCAGGAGAAGCUGGAGUGCUACUUUGGCUCGUUGGUUGGCUCGAAUGUGUACAUAACCCCUGCGGGUUCUCAGGGCCUGCCGCCCCAUUAUGAUGACGUAGAGGUUUUCAUCCUGCAGCUGGAGGGAGAGAAACACUGGCGCCUGUACCACCCGACGGUGCCCCUGGCGCGGGAGUACAGCUUGGAGGCUGAGGACAGGAUCGGGAGGCCAGCACACGAGUUCACAUUGAAGCCGGGAGACUUGCUGUACUUUCCCAGAGGAACCGUUCAUCAGGCGGACACUCCCUCAGGGCUGGCCCACUCCACGCACGUGACCAUCAGCACCUACCAGAGCAGUUCAUGGGGAGAUUUCCUUUUGGACACCAUUCCAGGGCUCGUGUUUGAUACUGCAAAGGCAGACGUAGAGCUACGGGCCGGCAUACCCCGGCAGCUGCUCCUGCAGGUGGAAACCACAGCCGCUGCAACAAGAAAAUUAAGUGGCUUUCUGAGGAUGCUUGCAGACCGGCUGGAGGGCACCAGAGAACUGCUUUCAGCAGACAUGAAGAAGGAUUUUGCUAUGAACAGACUCCCACCGUACUAUGUGGGAGAUGGAGCAGAGCUUUCAACACCAGGUGGACAGUUACCGGGGUUGGACAGCACUGUGAGGCUGCAAUUUAGAGACCACGUUGUCCUCACUGUAGGACCCGAUCAGGACCCAUCCGAUGAAACUCGAGAAAAGAUGGUUUACAUCUAUCAUUCCUUAAAGAAUAGGAGAGACACACACAUGAUGGGAAAUGAGGAAACAGAGUCUCAUGGACUUCGCUUUCCUUUAUCACAUAUCGAUGCACUGAAGCAAAUUUGGAACAGUUCAGCUAUUUCUGUCAAGGACCUGAAACUUACUACAGAUGAGGAAAAGCAAAGCCUGGUGACCAGUUGGCCAUGUGUACUAACAGAGGUACAUAGAAGAAAGAACAGCAAAUUACUAAAUGUCCCAGAAGGUGACAAAAACCGUGCUUCUUGACAAGUUUAUUUAAUCCAGUGUGGUAGAAAAGGCACAGCUCAAUAAAUGUAUCAUUUAAAUUUA